AUGGGCCCUUGGCGAAGUGCACUGUAUUCGGAUGCUGGCUUUGGAGUUCUGACUCUGAUUCUCGAGCGACUCACCGGCCAAGAGUACAAGGACGCAAUUGCAGACAUCAUCUUUAAGCCACUUGGAAUGAACUCUUCCUCUGCAGUUGUCCCUAAUGGCACAGAUCUGGAUGCCGUUGCCCGGACUGGGCUCAAGUCCUGGGGCACUGAUGUCCCUAUUGUAGCUGGAUCUGGUGGCAUAUAUUCCUCUGCCAAAGACCUCCGACUCGCAGGCCUCUCUAUCCUCAAUUCCGACCUCCUACCAUCUUCCACUACUCGCAAGUGGAUGAAACCUCGCAGCAGCACAGGUACUCUUGUCGAGCUUGUCGGAGCUCCCUGGGAAAUCACGCGUCUCACCCUCCCCACCGGCCCUGAUUCCAACCGCACCCGUGUAUCUGACCUAUACCUCAAGGCUGGCGGCACUGAUGAUUAUACCUGCUUCAUCGCUCUCUCACCAGACCACGGGAUUGGAUUUUCAAUUCUGAUUGCUGGCGACACUGCCACCCCUGCGCGUUGGCCACUUCGAGACGUCACGGGAACAACCUUCAUCACAGCAGCUGAGUACGCCGCGGCAGAAAGUGCCGACAAGAACCUCACCGGCACAUUCGUCGUCAAGGGCUCCAAGACAACAAACAUGACCAUCGAAGUCACCAAAGGGGAGCCUGGAUUAAAGUUGAAGUCGUGGUACGUCGAAGGAAAAGACGUAGUUGAUGAUACCUCAUCGCGCCUCUACCCCAUGGGUCUCUACUCCAACUCUCGCUCUCUGGCCGCACAAUACAGCGUCAAGGCUUUCCGCGUGGUUACUGGGCUUGCCCCUCCAGCACCCCGUGCUGCUGUUGAGGGUGGAAAAGGAGGACUGUUUGAUCACAGUCAGGCUUGGAUGAAUAUUGGAUUCUCUGGGACGGCCGAUGAGCUCAUCUUCAAUAUGGAGGAUGCAAGAGUUGUUAGCAUCGUCAGUCCCUACGAUGGAACGGAAUUUGUUCGAGUAGACUAG